GCGCAGUGGGGGCGCUCGAGGCCGGCUGAACUCCCGCGCUCUCCCGCCGCCUCGCCUCGUCUGGCCUGGUGUCUUUCCUGACUAUGGAGGGGGUUGCGGUGGUGACGGCGGGCAGCGUGGACGCUGCCAAAGCCGAUGGAGCUGCAGCCUUGCCGCCUCCGCCUCCCGCCUCCCCGCCCGCCCUCACCCCCGCACCCGCAGCGGGUGAGGAGGGACCGGCGCCUGUGUCUGAGACGGGAGCUCCCGGCUGCUCCGGCUCUCGGCCCCCUGAGCUGGAGCCGGAGCGCAGCCUGGGCCGCUUCAGAGGCCGUUUCGAGGACGAGGACGACGAGUUGGAAGAAGAAGAGGAGCUGGAGGAGGAAGAAGAAGAGGAGGAGGAGGACAUGAGUCACUUCUCGUUGAGGCUGGAGGGAGGCCGGCAGGACUCGGAGGACGAGGAGGAGCGCCUGAUUAAUCUCUCUGAGCUGACCCCAUACAUCUUGUGUUCCAUUUGCAAAGGUUACUUAAUAGAUGCAACUACCAUUACAGAAUGUCUUCAUACCUUUUGUAAAAGCUGCAUUGUAAGACAUUUUUACUACAGCAACAGAUGUCCAAAAUGCAAUAUAGUAGUACAUCAGACACAACCUCUUUAUAACAUAAGGUUGGACCGACAGUUACAAGACAUAGUGUACAAAUUAGUGAUCAAUCUAGAGGAAAGAGAAAAAAAGCAAAUGCAUGAUUUCUAUAAAGAAAGAGGUCUAGAAGUACCUAAACCUGCUGUUCCACAACCAGUCCCUUCAAGCAAAGGAAGAUCUAAAAAAGUCCUAGAAUCAGUGUUUCGUAUUCCACCAGAACUUGAUAUGUCUUUAUUACUGGAGUUCAUUGGUGCUAAUGAAGGCACGGGACAUUUUAAGCCAUUGGAAAAGAAGUUUGUUCGAGUUUCAGGAGAAGCAACUAUUGGACAUGUAGAAAAAUUCCUCAGAAGAAAAAUGGGUCUUGAUCCAGCUUGUCAGGUAGAUAUCAUCUGUGGUGAUCACCUGUUGGAGCAGUAUCAAACUCUAAGGGAAAUCCGACGUGCAAUAGGUGAUGCAGCAAUGCAGGAUGGUCUGCUUGUCCUUCAUUAUGGUCUUGUAGUUUCUCCUCUGAAGAUAACUUGAAGAUUCUAGGCACAUUAUGAGGAGGGAAACAAAGGAGGUUUCUGCAGGACUGCAUCUCACCAAAGAUUUCCAUGAAAUGUAAUUGCUACCACUUUGCUAUUCAAGACAUAACUUACCUAUUUUUAGCACCAAGAAUUGUAGCAUUUAUAAGUACAACUUGGAACGAUGGAAUGCAUCUGUUACUAGAGACUAUAUAUAAAAAGCAGCCAAAGCUCAGGGGAAAUUUUUCAAAAAUUGAAUUUUAAAAUUCCUUGUGAUUUUAAAUACUUUGACAUUGAUUUUGCUUCCCAUCUUUGAAGUAAUUGGUUAGUUUUCUUUGUUCAGCCAUUUCAAGUUGGUAGUUGGGAUAUCUGCUCUCUGGGAUGGCAUCAGUUCGGCAGUCAUCCUUUUGGAAGAGAAGUGUGCUUUUGAAUGGAAGAUUCAAAGCCAGUCUUCGUUAAACUGCAGGGUGUACUCUCAAAGACCAAAACUAUUGGCCUCUUUUGUGUGUUGCCAGCAUAUUUUGAACUUGUAUCUUUUUUUUAUACCAGCAACACUACAAAGGAGAAGUUACUCAUUUCAAAAUGGAUGAAUUGUUAUUGGUGAAGAGAAUCUGAGUUUAUGGUCUGUGCCAUAAACUUUCAGUGUAAUAAGACUUAUUCAAUACAUCUUCCAAUAAGGGGUGCUUCUUUGUGACAAUAUUUUUAUUUCUGACAUUCGUUUUAUUUGGGUACAUAGUGUGGUUGUUGAUACCUUGCAAUAGUAUUGCUUCUGAAAGUAAUAAAAAAUUUUAGGAAAAUUCGAGAAGUUUACAGAAUUACUUAUUCAUUGUUUUCUUAGUCAGUUUAAUGUUUAUUUUUCUCAUUAUUUCAUCACUAGAAUAAAGAAUAAGGGUGUUUGAGCUCACCUCCAUGCAAAAACUUCAGUUUUAAAACAUUAUUUUGCCUAAAAUUAGCAUUGUGAUGCUUUCUAAAAGAAAUAUUUUAUAAACCCUGUUUCACAGCAGAAUUUCUGAAUCUGUAUAGAGACUACUACAAAAUUGGACAAAGAUUGGCAAUUCUUUGUAAAGAAUUUGUGAAUUGUGUAUAAAUUUCUUCUAACAUUUAGUAAAAAUGUAUUUUAACCUA